AUUAUUAUUCUUAUUAUUACUAUUAUUAUUAUGUUAAAAAAAAAAAAAAGAGAGCAAAAAGCUAAAUAAGCCCUAAAAUACAGGUACAGUGUGGAUGGCCAUUAAAACUCUAGAAUGAAAUAAAGUUCAAGAAUUUAUUUGCUUGUGACGUAUUGACUAUGAAUCCCGCCAAAUUACGCAGUUGUGCAUAGAGAGAGUUGAGUGCGUGUGGGAGUGCGAGAAUGCGAGAAUGGCGACGAGCGAUAUAGAAAUCCAGGUCCGUACGAUAAGCGGCGACUCCACCACUCUUUGGGUUUCCGUCAACUCCUCCGUUGAAGACCUCAAGCUGUUGCUCAAGCAGACUUUCCCUCCCGCGCAUCGCUCCCCCAAUUUUCACCUAUUUUACAAGGGUGUUAAAUUGAAAUUGCAAAGGAAGGUAGGUACGCUAGACAUGGGUAAUAGUGAAUUUCUUGUGCUGGUUCCGUUUGCGAAGAGGGACUCUAAUCAGACCCAGAAUUCUAGUCAGCCUAAAGCCUCAAUGAAAGUUCCCAAUCAACCUUCAAUCUCGAAGUUUGCUGAAUCGGCCUGGUCGGAUAUGAUGCAUGAUUUAUCGUAUUUGAGUGACGAUCCAGUUGCAAAAGCACCAGAAUUCGAGAUAGCUGGUAAUCUCAGGAAUAGAAGAGACGCCUCGGCGGGACUUGCUAAUUCCUGGUCUUCUGAGGCAAAACGCAAAAGGGGCAGUAUUGAAUGUGAUGACCUUUUAUAUGAUAUACUAUGGGCCCCGAAGAGUAUGGAUGUCCUUGAUGAAUAUAAGUGUGAAAAAUUCAUUGAGUUUUUGAACUUGGUGAAUUGUUUAUCAGACUUGCAUUCUGGAAACUGCAUGUUGUCAAUAAGAUCCUGUUCACAGGCUUUCGGAAUUGGACUGCCUACAAAUGAUGGUAGUACAUGCUUGUGUCCAACAUGGUUGAAGAUACUACUGAAGGCAUUUGCCUUCUUAAAUGUUUUUUCUGCAUUUCUUCAAUUACAACAGGCAAGAACAACUUUAAACCUUUUGGAGGAAGCGCUGGACCAGCUUGGGAAAUUUGGAGUUAAACUUUGUAUCAGAGACCUAGAGCAUCUUUCUAUUAUUUCUCCUAAGGUGGUAAGUUUUGCAAAUAACGCUAUCUUAGAAAGAAGCCAUGUUGAUGCACUCGUUAUUAUUAAGCGUCCAACAGAAUACCAAGAGCAAGUCAAAUAUAAGCAUAAAUCUGUUUCCAGACAAAUGAACGUAGCAGAAAUUGUAUGUGCAUUGAAGAGACGGGAAAAUUCUUUCAAAUCUGAUCUGUGGAAGGCUGUUGAGCAGUUGAUGUUUAUUACUGGAAAUGAGAAGGCAACCUUCUCUUUGGAAGGCUUACUUCUAUCUCUUAAGGACCGUGUCACUGCUGCUAGUAGUAAUAAUAGAAGAAAGGCAAAAGGAAGCAAUGGCACUUCAAGUUCCUAUUCAGGUCCAAAGAGAUGCAAUGCCACCAAUGAGCUGCGACCUGUGGAAAUGGUCGAUCAUCUUAGGAAGGGAGUUGGAUCAAAGAUAGUGCAUGUUGAAGACAUUGAUGCCAGGAAAGCAAAUUAUACGGAAAUCCCUAAAGAAAUCUCACAAAACAUGAUAUCUGCUCUUAAAGAUUUUGGAGUUUCUAAAUUGUAUAGCCACCAGGCAGAGUCAAUACAAGCAUCCCUUGCUGGAAAGAAUGUUGUUGUGGCAACAAUGACAUCCAGUGGCAAAUCUCUUUGCUAUAAUCUGCCAGUUCUGGAACUGCUGUCACAGAAUUUGUUGGCAUGUGCCCUGUACUUAUUUCCAACAAAGGCUUUAGCUCAAGAUCAACUACGAGCUUUAUUAGUUUUGAAAAAAGAACUUGAUGGUAGCUUAAACAUUGGUGUUUAUGAUGGUGACACUCCAAAAGAGGAAAGAAAAUGGCUUCGUGAUAAUGUUAGACUGUUGAUCACAAAUCCAGACAUGUUGCAUAUGUCAAUAUUACCACACCAUAAACAAUUUGAGCGUAUUUUAUCAAAUCUUAGAUUUGUAGUUGUUGAUGAGGCUCAUGCUUAUAAGGGAGCAUUUGGUUGCCAUACUGCUCUUAUAUUAAGAAGACUUCGCCGGCUAUGCUCACAUGUGUAUGGAAGUGAUCCUUCUUUUGUGUUUUCUACUGCAACUUCUGCCAAUCCUCUUGAGCAUUGUAAAGAACUUGCAAAUCUGCCAAAGGCAGAGCUGAUUGAGAACGAUGGAAGUCCUUCUGCUAGAAAGCUUUUCAUCCUUUGGAAUCCUGUUCUGCAUCAAGAAACUGUGUCAAAUGAAACAAAUAGUACCAUGUGUACUACAAAAUCUGCUGAAGGAAUUGCUAAAGUUAAAAAAUCAAGCAGCCCAAUUUUGGAUGUUUCACGGCUCUUUGCAGAAAUGGUUCAACAUGGACUUCGUUGCAUUGCUUUCUGUAGGUCACGCAAACUAUGUGAACUUGUCUUAUGCUACACGCGUGAAAUUCUUGAGGAGACUGCACCUCAUCUCAUUGACUCUAUAUGUGCUUAUCGUGCUGGGUACAUUGCCGAGUAUCUAUGCGUGGAACAGAGAAGAGGAGAGGGGAAAUUUAAUCUUAUCCAGUUUAUAACUAAAGAUAGAGACGAUAGGAGAAGCAUAGAAAGAGAUUUUUUUAGUGGGAAGCUCUGUGGAAUUGCUGCCACAAAUGCCCUUGAAUUGGGUAUUGAUGUUGGUCACAUUGACGUGACUCUGCAUCUUGGUUUUCCUGGUAGCAUUGCCAGCUUGUGGCAACAAGCUGGCCGGGCUGGGAGGAGAGAAACACCAUCUCUUGCUGUCUAUGUUGCCUUUGAUGGCCCUCUCGAUCAGCAUUUUAUGAAAUUUCCAAGGAAACUCUUUGGAAGCCCAAUUGAAUGUUGUCAUAUUGAUGCUCAAAACAAGCAGGUUAUUGAACAACAUUUGGUUUGUGCUGCUUAUGAACAUCCACUGAGUCUGCUUUAUGACGAGAAAUAUUUUGGUUUUGGUUUGAGCACUGCCAUAAUGUCUCUAAAAAAUAGUGGAUAUUUGAGUUCUGAUACAUCAUCUGAUUCUCCUUCUAAACUAUGGAACUAUAUUGGGCAUGCGAAACUGCCCUCACAUUCAGUUAGUAUCCGAGCAAUAGAAACUGAGAAGUAUCGAGUUGUAGAUAAACAAAGGAAUGAAAUCCUUGAAGAGAUUGAGGAAAGCAAGGCUUUCUUUCAGGUAUAUGAAGGUGCUGUUUAUAUUCGUCAAGGAAAGACUUACCUAGUCGAAAGCUUAGAGUUUUCUAGUAAGAUUGCUUUCUGUGUAGAGGCUGAUUUGAAGUAUUACACUCGACCACGAGAUUGCACUGAUAUUCAUGUCAUCAGCGGCCAUAUUGCCUAUCCAACGAGGGUGGGAACAGCUGCCAGAGCAGACCCUUGCAAAGUAACAACUUCUUGGUUUGGCUUCCAUCGUGUGGAGAGAGGAAGUAACCAAAUAAUAGAAACAGUUGAUCUUACCCUUCCCAAUUUUUCAUAUACAUCACAGGCUGUAUGGGUUCCAGUUCCACAAUCAACAAAACUAGCAGUUACGAUGAACAAUUUGGAUUUUCGUGCAGGAUUGCAUGCUGCCUCUCACGCUGUUUUAAAUGUGGUGCCUCUACGCAUAAUAUGUGACUCGUUGGACUUGGCACCGGAGUGUCCUAACCCUCAUGAUACCCGCUAUUACCCAGAAAGGAUUCUAUUAUAUGAUCAACAUCCUGGAGGGAUGGGUGUGUCAAUGCAGGUCCAACCAUUUUUCAUGGAGCUAUUAGCUGCUGCUCUGGAGCUUCUCUCAUUUUGUUGCUGCUCCGGAAACACUGGUUGCCCAAAUUGCAUUCAAAAUUUUGCUUGCCAUGAAUAUAAUGAGGUUCUACACAAGGAUGCAGCUAUAAUGAUUAUCAAGGGUGUUCUGGAUGCAGAGGAGCAGAGAAGUAAAGGAGCAAUGGCAGAUUGAUGGUUAUAUGAAAAAAAGUAAUCAAUGUGUAAAUGUAACUUUGAAUAAGAAUUUUGAUAGUGAAUUUUGUCCGGACAAAAGUAUGUUUCCAACCAUUAGGUUACGCUGUUGGUUGGACAAAAAUGCAAAAUGGGAAAAUGGGGCAAUGAUGCAAAAAGCCAAUCAAGUUAUGCUUCC